GCGCGGCUUCUCCCCACCAAGACAGAAGUGAAUCGCAUCGGAUCAGUCGCCGGUCAGCCAGCUCCUCGUGCUCGUCUCGCCAGCGCGCCGCACCGAUCGGACUCGGCAAUCGAACAUGAAGCUGCUGCCGCUGCUGCUGCUGGCCCCUCUGGUUUGCCUGCUAGUCGCGGUACAGUCCCGGCCCGACGAAGGCUACUGGCUACGAUUCACCGCGCCCAGUCUCAAGAGCGAGAUCUUCGGCCCUCUUCGCGCGAACGAGAAGCGACGCAUCGCCGUCCGGUGCGGCGAACGCGUGUCGGAGUCGUACGGCGUGCUCGAGCAAACGUUCGGGCUGCACUCCGCGGCGGCCAGCCUGACUAAUUGCACCUGGUACCUCCGAGCCCCGGCCGAUCACGUCGUCAACGUCAUUUCCAUAUCCUUCGUCCUCCAGGACGAGACGAAGCCACCUCUCAGCGACGACAUUCGAGUCUCCACGAUUUCCCUCUACGACGAUACCGAGCCCAAUCCAACCAACUUGUUGACCACAUAUUACGUGAGCCCUCGAGAAAAAGUAGGUCACUUUGCCAACAGUUUGUCAUCAAAACAAGAUAUGGUCGUCGAAAUCAAGUAUCACGCCAACAAAGAUUUUGAAACGCAGACUAUGAUGGUCGAGUACGAAUUUCUCGACGUCGAUAAGAUGAACGCCUUGCUUCGAGCCGACUAAUCGUGCUGUUUCAGGCCGCUUUUCUGAACUGUCAUCGCUUUUAAUUAAAUGUUUGUUUCGCAAACCAUUAAUAGCUUAAGAAACAAGUCGAAGCAGAGCAGCAUUCGAAUAUGCUUAUGCGCGUUCAAUUUUCCGUAUCUAUUUGAAUUUCAUGCGUUUUAUUCGAUUAUAUUAUUCCUAUUAAAUAAUUAAUUAGUUUGAUUA